AUGGAUCCAAUGCCAUCAAAGCCCUUCCAAAAACGAAAGCCAUGGAUUGAAACGCCCCUGGUUGAGUCGGCGGCCCUCUCCAAAGCGGCCGGAUGUCGGAUAUUCCUCAAAAUGGACUGUCUGCAGCCUUCGGGGAGUUUUAAGUCGAGAGGAAUUGGCAACUUGAUCCUCUCAUAUCUAUCGGAUCCCGCAAUUGAAGGCAAAAAGCUUCAUUUCUACAGCUCCUCAGGAGGAAACGCCGGCUUAGCAGCCGUCGUUGCAGCAAAAGACCUGGGCUGCGCUUGCACGGUCGUUGUGCCGCUCAGCACAAAGCAGAUGAUGGUCGACAAGCUGCGGGAUGCUGGCGCGACUGAAGUAAUACAACACGGUGCUAGCUGGUAUGAAGCCGAUACCUAUCUUCGAGAGAGAUUCAUUGGCACGUCCGACCAGCAGCAGCAGCAAGAGCAAGAGCAAGAGCAAGAACAGUCGUCGUCUGCGGAUGUAGCGAGCAUUGAUAUUGUCAAGAAUAUCUAUGUGCCUCCUUUCGACCAUCCGCGGGUUUGGGAAGGGAAUGCUACUAUAAUAUCCGAACUGGCUGCUCAGCUGCCCCCGCGCGAAAAUGCAGAGGAGAAAGGCGAAGGAAAUGAAUGCGAAUUCCCGGCAGAUGUGAUCAUAUGCAGCGUCGGUGGAGGAGGAUUAUUCAAUGGGCUCGUCCACGGACUCCACGAAUAUUUCGAGACGACACGAAAGAACAAGAACAAGGAAAUCGGGUCUCAAUUGAAUCUACUCGCCGUCGAAACGAAAGGAGCUGAUUCCCUGGCCCUCUCCUUACGCAAGGGACUGCUUGAAUCCCUCACCGCAAUCACAUCUAUAGCGACGUCUUUGGGGGCGCUGCGUGUGGCGCCACAGACAUUCCAGAAUGCGCGUGAGCCGCCGGAAGGCGUCAAGGUUGCUAGUGUGGUGGCAUCUGAUGCUGAGGCGGCCAGGGGCGUGGUCACGUUUGCGGAUGAGAUGCGUGUGCUUGUUGAGCCGGCUUGUGCGGUGUCGAUUGAUGUCGCUCUGAGUGCGAAGUUGAGGGAGGCUGUUUUGGCCGGUGGUGAUGGCAGGAAAUUAGAUGCCAAUAGUCGUGUGGUCGUUGUGGUCUGUGGUGGUUCGAGUAUUACGCCUGAGCUUGUGGCUGAGUAUCGCUCAAAACUUGCAGAGGGAUGGGAAUAG